UUCGCUAAAUGAAUCGAAUUCUCUCGAUCGGAUGUAACCGUUUCAAUUUUCAAACGGGGGCCCUUCUUUUCCAGAUGAAUCACAGAUCGUCGCAGAGUGUAAGAUACACUCGAGUCGGCUGGGUGUGCGUGGCCUUCGGAUUUUGGCUGCAACUGAUCUCCGGCAAUUUGAUCGACAAAUCGUCGAGCCUGCUCAACAGGCACAGCGUCACCAAACGGUCCUUCUACGAUUUGCAGUGCAAGGGCGUCUACGAUAAGAGCAUCUUCGCCAGAUUGGACCAGAUCUGCGAGGAUUGCUACAAUUUGUUCCGCGAACCGUCGAUCUAUUCCCUCUGCAGGGACGACUGUUUUUCCACGAAAUACUUUGGCGGUUGUUGCGAAACGCUCCUUUGCGAGGACGUUGCCGAAAUUCAGGAUAUGAUAAAACAAUUGAACGGGGGAAGGCUCGUUUAGGGUAAAUUGUUUCUCGGAACAAUACUUUAAGGGUUGCGUCGAGAGUUUGCUAAUGGAGGAAGAGUGGCAAAAAUUGGAAAAAAUGAUCGAAUUUGUCGGAAAGUGAGCCCGCCGUUCUCAGCGUCCUAUCAGUCUAGUCGAUGAAAAUAGGAAAUUAAUAUAUAUAUUUUUUUACAGAAUUUGUGAAUUUGUGUCUCCGAUUUGCCGGUUUCAUUGUUAUUUAUUUAUGUUUAUUUAAAAUAUAUUGUUAUUGUAUGCUAAUACUUAGUAACUAAUAAAUGUUUCUAUUUGAAUUUCAGCAUUUUAAUGCCCCGACGCUUUCCAGGGUUCGUUUGGAUUCGUCGAAAAUGUCGUGUAGAUUUUCGAAAAACUCCAAAUCCCUGGAAAAGCGGAAAAUUCAAUUUUAAUUAUUUUGAGCUAGAAACAGCAGUAUUUUGCGGAUGGCUUUUUCAUAUACAAUAACAAUACUUUACACACGAAAUCCGCAAGAAUGUAAGCGGUCGUAUUACAAAAAAAAUUAGUUAGCGUAUACAAUUGUUGUUUAUUCCCGUUCACAGUAUUAUAUCGUAUCUAACAUUAGUGUCCAAUUUAUUUGAAAAAUUCGUUUGGUUUUUGUAAUUUAUUUGUAUAUAUACAUAUUUGUUUCCGAGAGUGUAUGACAGCUUGAUACAAAUGAACGACUAGUCAUUUUAUUAAAAUAUUUUUAAACCUAUAAUUUGACGUUUUAAUAUUAAAUAACCCUUCUCGUAAUAUCUGCGAGUUUAUUAUUGCUUUAAAUUGUAUACCUAACACAAUACUAUAUAAAAAUACAAUUUAGAAAAAAAAAUAAUAUAAAUAAAUUCAU